UAAUUGAACUGCAAUUCUCUCCAGUUCACUUUUUUCCAUUCGAUAAUAUUCAUGAGACUUCAUAUUUGAUUAGUUGGUUGAUCUUCUUUUCUUUCGGUAUUCAAGACCCUGCAUAGGUAUUGGCGAUCCUCGGCUCUAGAAAUGGCGGUCACCGAUUUUAUUCUCACUCCUUGGGCAAUACCAGUUGGUCUCGUUCUCUUCUGGCUUGUACCAUACCUUACUUCGAAUACUGCUCUUCAAAGCAUACCCGGCCCUUUUGCUGCUAAAUUCUCGAAUCUUUGGUUGUUACUGCAAGCACGGCAAGGGAAGAGAUAUCUCAGUGUUGAUGCAGCUCACAAGAAGUAUGGCAAGCUUGUCAGAAUCCAGCCAGAUCAUGUCAGUGUGGCAGAUGAAUCUGCCAUUCAGGAAAUCUAUGGCCAUGGAAAUGGAUUCUUGAAGUCAGAGUUCUACGAUGCCUUCGUCUCCAUUCAGCGGGGUCUCUUCAACACCAGAGAUAGAGCAGAACACACACGAAAGCGAAAGACAGUCUCUCAUACCUUCUCCCCAAAGAGCAUUGGCCAAUUCGAAGUCUACAUGCACCAGAACCUCGAUAUCUUCGUCAGACAAUGGGAUACAUUAUCCACCAAUGCGCAUGGUCAAUUCGCCAAGAUCGACUGUCUACACUGGUACAACUACUUGGCAUUCGAUAUGAUUGGAGAUCUUGCAUUCGGACAACCAUUCGGCAUGUUGGAGAAGGGAAAGGAUAUCACAGAAAUCAGGAUGACACCCGAUGCGCCUAUUACGUACGCACCAGCAGUCGAGGUCCUGAAUCGACGUGGUGAGGUUUCAGGUACUCUUGGAUGUCUUCCACAACUCAAGCCCUACGCCAAGUAUCUUCCGGAUCCAUUCUUCUCCCAAGGUUUAGCGGCUGUCCAGAAUUUGGCUGGCAUCGCCGUUGCCCGUGUAAGCCAAAGACUCGAAGGCAAGCAAGAUGUCGAGCGCGUGGAUCUCCUAGCCAGACUCAUGGAAGGUAAAGACGAGAAAGGAGAGAAGCUCGGUCGUGAAGAACUUACCGCUGAAGCCUUAACUCAAUUAAUCGCUGGCUCAGACACAACGUCAAAUACAUCUUGCGCAAUCCUCUAUUGGGUGACCAAGACACCCGGCGUCCUGCAGAAACUACGAAAAGAACUCGACGAGGCAAUCCCAGAAGGUGUCGAUGUCCCAAGUUUCGAGAUGGUCAAGGACUUGAAGUACAUGCAAAAAGUCAUCAACGAGACUCUACGCAUCCACUCCACCUCUGCUCUCGGCCUUCCCCGUGUCGUUCCUCCAGGAGCAGGGAUCGAGCUACUCGGUCAUCAUUUCCCUCCUUACACCGUCCUCUCUGUUCCCUCUUACACGAUCCACCACUCCAAGGAAAUCUGGGGAAGCGACGCUGACGAGUUCGUGCCUGAUCGUUGGGAUAAUCUGACCGAGAAACAGAAGAACGGCUUCAUUCCUUUCAGCUAUGGACCGAGAUCUUGUGUUGGACGCAAUGUGGCGGAGAUGGAAUUGGCGUUGAUUGUUGCAACGACGUUUAGGAGGUAUGAUUUCGAUCUUUAUCAGGAUAAGUUAGAGACGAGAGAAGGGUUCUUGAGGAAGCCGCUGGAAUGUUUAGUGGGGAUCAAAAAGAGGACGAACAUUUAGGAUUUAGGUCGGAGUGGGUAUUGGAGCUAUGGCGUUGGUUUGGAAUUUGCAUGUGAGUCAAUGAAUUACUGAUUUGACAUUGUACAUCCUCUUGAGAAGUGCUGUUUGUUAUCUUAUUACAUUUGAAAAGUUUAAUACGGU